ACACAGAUUUACUCAUAAGAUACAUACAUGCAUGGUACUAUAAGGUGAGCCACACCAAUAAAGAACAAAGAUGACGGACAUGCAGGAUACGCUGUUGCUGGGUUCGGAGGGAAUCAAGAAAACCAUCCUGCAUGGAGGGACCGGAGACAUCCCAAAACUCACCACUGGGGCAAAGGUGACGUUCCACUUCCGCACCCAGUUGUGUGAUGACGACCGUACGGUGAUCGAUGACAGCAAAGUGGUGGGGACGCCCAUGGAAAUAGUGAUCGGCAACAUGUUUAAACUGGACAUCUGGGAGACCCUGCUGUCCUCCAUGAGGAUCGGUGAGGUGGCUGAGUUCUGGUGUGACAUCAUUCACACUGGUGUUUAUCCACUCGUGUCUAAGAGUAUGAGGCGCAUAGCGGAGGGCAAAGACCCAGUCGACUGGCACAUCCACACGUGUGGAAUGGCCAACAUGUUCGCCUACCACAGCCUUGGCUACGAUGACCUGGACGAGCUGAUGAAGGAGCCAAAACCCCUCUACUUUGUCCUGGAGCUGAUCAGGGUGCAGCAGCCCAGCGAGUACAAUAGGGAGACGUGGGCCAUGAGUGAUGAGGAGAGGCUGAAGGUCGUGCCCGUGCUGCACGGCCAGGGGAACAAGCUCUACAAACAAGGACAGUACCAGCUGGCCACACAAAAGUACAAAGAGGCCAUCAUCUGCAUCAAGAAUGUUCAGACGAAGGAGAAAGCGUGGGACGUGCCGUGGCUGAAGCUGGAGAAGAUGGCCAACACCCUGACGCUCAACUACUGCCAGUGUCUGAUGCACAUGGAGGAGUACUACGAGGUCAUUGAACACACCAGCGACAUUAUCAACCAGCACCCAGGUGUUAAAAAGGCUUUCUUCCUGCGAGCCAAGGCCCACGUGGAAGUGUGGAACGAGGCGGAGGCCCGGCAGGACUUCAGCAGGGUGCUGGAUCUGGACCCUGGCAUGAAGAAGGCCGUGAAGAAGGAACUGGCUGUGCUCAACAUGCGCAUGGAAGAGAAGAACCAGGAGGACAAGAGCAAGUACAAGGGCAUGUUCUGACCGGGAGAGGCUGCAGCGGGUUAUUGAUUUAAGAAGGAAUAACAAUUACUGAGGUUGUAUUAAGGUAUACUACGCUAAUUCACAUCAUUGUCAAGAGUUAAAUGAGACUCAUUCCUGUACACUGAAUAGUAGCUGGAGCUAGCAGCCGUUUAGCUUAGCAUCAGCUAAACAGCUGGGAAAAAGGAGAAACAGCUGGCUGGCUCUGUCCAACAAAAUCCACCGUCCAGCACCAUUUUAACUUAAUUAGCGAGCUUGAGAGGAGCUGGUCGGUGGGUUGUGUUACUUUUGGACAGAGACUUCAUCGCUGUUUCCCCUUCUUUCCUGGCCAGCUGUUGGCUGCAGUUUGAUAUUUACCACACAGUCAUGAGUGCGCUAUCAAUCCUCCAGUCUAACUCAGAAAGAAAGUGUCUCAAAAUGCUAAACUAUUCAUUUACUACUCUUCCUAUUUGUGAUACUGUUUUGGACUAUUUCCUCGUCAUGUAUAGAAAAAAAAUCACCCUUUCAUCCCUGAUUGAUUGCCACUAAUAAACUGCUGUGUUUAAAUAUGUCCCACCAGAUGUUAUAUGAGCACAGCACCACCAUCAUUGUAGUUUUUACAAAAAUUUCACACUUUGCCACCAUUUUCCUGAAAUUAUGUCAACGAACUGAAGUAGUGGCUAUGUUGUUUCUAAAAUAUCACUUUUAGAUACUAGUAGUAUUAAAUUACAUUAAAACCAAGUCACCUCUCCCUGUCCUGUAAGCACACUGUCCUUCCACAAGGUGGGGCUCUGACCACAGUUACUCCUCUGCCUCCAUGUGCAACCCUGCUGGAGAAAUUAACCUGAGCCCUCAGCAGCUCAUUCUCAUUUUCCUGAGGAGUCAGGGGGCUCGUAAAAAUAAAUGAUCUGCUGCUGCUUUGUGCGUCCUAAAGGAGCUUAUCGCAGAGUGUUUGUUACAAAGCGAGGAGGGACAAAGCCUUGGCAGUGACAACAGAAAGAGAUGCAAGGAGGCAGAGGGAGUUCAAUGCGAAGGGGGGGCAUGAUACAUGCACUGAAAAACACGCUUAAAUGCACUCAUGUUUGUGCAAAGAGAUAAAAUAUUGGAUCAAUACUGUUAUGGCAUCACAGUGAAGGCUCAGUUUCAUUCAGGGAAUCCCCCACUCAUCGCUAUCACCCCCCCAUCACCACCACAGGUCACAGUGCAGUGUAGCAGUGGCUCGAGGAAAUGAGGAAGACGCUAAUGCACCAGUCUAAUGAUGAGGAAAAUCAAUAGGAGCAGAUCAAAGGGGGGAAAAAACACGGACGGUCGUGAUUAAACAUUUAAGCAUCCAGCCUACAAUCAUCGUGACUAAUGCAGUCUUACAGACUGAGGCAAGUAAACAAGGAGGCUAAAAAGUGUGCUUUCAUACAGGACUCAUUAGAGACUGUAUGCGAUUUACCUCUUUCCAGAUCCAGUAAAAUAUUUUAUUCAUCUUCACACCUGAAUCUCCACAGUGCUGCUUAGAAAAUUGACUCAGAAAGAGUUUGAUUUAUGAUGUCGGGCGCAGGAGCGCGCUGCCCCAGGACCGAAACGCGACGGGGCUACAGUAAAUUCUGCAUAGCAGCACAAUCCGCUGCUGGCUUUCCUCCACAAACCGCUGGUGCUGAUGGUGAGAAGACGAGAAGAAGGGAGGAGGAGGAGGAGGAGGAGGAGGAGAGGGGGCUCCGUACCAGACUGCCCUGCUCUAACAUGAGAUCCGUCAAGUUAGCCAGAGGAAGCCAAUUUCAUGCCGGAAGUAAGACGAUCGUGUGUUCAAAAUAAAACUCAUAAAUGUCAGCUUGUAGUAGAAAAGAAAUAAAUCAAGUUGAAUGAUUUUGUUUGUUUGGUCUUCACCCUUUGCUUUUACUCCUAAUUAUUUUUGUUUAUAUACAAGUACCUCAUGUAUUGUAUUCUGCUUCAAAAUGGAUUACUUCUUGUUUUAUUUUCAUAUAAAUGCAUUCAAAUGCUUUUAUUCAGAUAAAGAUACAUUUCUUCCCUGCUCAUACAGAUGUCUCUGGGAGUUAUUGGGGUUCAGUGUCUUGCUUGAGUGCACUUUGGCAUGUGGAUAGAAGGAGGAGGAGUUUGAGCCAGCAACUCUGCAACUACCAGCCAAAUGUGCUCCUCCGUCUGAGCUACGUGCGCAGUAGCUAUGCAGGCUGUACAGGCAGCAUGAAUAAUGAUUAUUCAUAAUUGUAUUCAUAAUGUUUUGUCGUUUUCCACAUGUUGCCUUGUAAAACUAGCCUGAACAUGUUUACAACUUUGGGGUAGGCUGCUGAGCACAUGUACA